AUGACGAUGGAACUUAUUAUAAUUAAUGGGAACGGAUGCAAGAACUUCACCUAUUGUAGCGACUGCAACAAUUGCACUAAUUACAAAGACUACACCGGCUACUCCGAUUACACCUACAUCAUAUGCUACAUCGACUGUGCCCAAGGUCCAGCGCGUACUAACGUCCACUUUAACGAAAACAAUGACAACGGUGUUGUGCAGAACCAAUACAGCGUAAUAGGCGGAAGGAUGUUGUAUGGACAUGACAUCAGCUUUCAAAACGACAUUACCGGUAGUAUGACUUCCUUAGCGAGCAAUGAUAGCAUCUUCAGCUCAAGCAGCACCUCUACUGUGGACAAGAACAAUGAAGGAAGAAAUCAUCAUGAUGGCAGUGGGACCUUGUCAAGCCAUCCAUCCAUCACAGGUGAGACCAUUCGAGUGGAUAUUUCUGAUGAUAGCAGCGUGAGCUGUUACAACUCUCAUUCCGAAAUAGGGCGCGCAAAGACAACACCUGUGACCAGAGGCUCCAGGGGGAGUACCAUGACAAACGAGUCCAAUAGACAAAGGAGCAAAUCGUAUGACAACUCCUUUGAAGAUUUAAAAUCCCUAGGAGAGAAGAAGGAAGAAUGGACGCGAGCCAAAGAAAAGGCACAAAGGAAAGAACUUUUAGAUGAAUCUACUUACGGUAGGAGAAAGGCUGAAAAAGGGUUCAAAGGGCACUUGAACAAAUACGACAUGGAAAACAGAGAUAGGGAGAACAGUUGUGAAGUUAGCAGUGAAGAAACUCUACGUAAAAGAAUAAGGGAACUAAACUCACUAGGACAAGGAUCCGAUAAGGAUGUUAUAGAAGGUUCCAACAGAAGUGAAAAAUCUGGACGCACAGCAAAACGCGAAGGGGAAUCAUCCGAUUAUUCGUUAAAAAACAAAAUCGCUCAAAGGGAUAACGUAAAUUUGGGGCUUAACCAAAAUGAGAGACUCCUCAGAAGAGUACAAGAAAUGAAUGCUAAUGAUAGAGAACAUAUGGAAAGAACUUUGAAUAGAAUAAAAGAAAAUGGGAAAAAUAAAAACUUGAAAGAUUUAGAAUAUGAAAUAGAAUCCCAAUUAGGAAGAGUCAGAAAAUAUAUAAAACUCAAUUAUGAUGAACGCAAUUCCAUUGCUAGCAGCACUGAUGAUUCUGCAUUUGGCGAUGAACAUAGCUCAUCCAUUUAUAUAGGUAAUCGAGGAGUAGAAAAGUGCAGAUCCAAGGGAAGAAUCACAAAUGACGUUACAGAACUCAGAUCUUACAUUGAUGAAACUAUGGAUGAGAAGAAUGCAGAAAUCACCCACAUGUUAGUCAACAUAAUUGAGAAGUACAAAAACGAAGUCUCCACACUGAAAGAGAAAAACAGGAACCAAGUGAGAUUCAUGAACCUGAGACAUAAUCUCAAAUUAAGGGAAAUUCUUCUAUACGUUCCGCUCAUUACCCUCAUCACGAGUGCAACCUUAUGUUUCCUUAUGACUCAGUACUGGAUGAUACCAUUUGUUAGUGCUUACUUUAUUAGUAUGUACAGUUUCGCUUUAGGAACCCUUGUGUCUUAUGGAAUUAUGGGAAGAAUAAUGUUCAACUCACCCUCCACAGUGAUCGAUUUCAUUCUAGGAAAAAAAUCGAAAGCGAAUGCUGAUUACCUAUCACCCAGAAGAAAAAAAUCAAUGUUUAGGUUUUAG